AUGUCAACCGCAUCAAAAAUCACCCUUGGCGCAUCAAUAGCGUUUGCCACUGGUGCAUUCAUCUUCAUCAACUAUUCACAACAAUCAGAACGAGCAGCAUUACGUCAAGGUCCCAUAAAGGAUGCUGAACGACAACAAGCGAAAAAAACCCAAAAACAACAAGCAAAUGAAUUAGAGCAUCGUGAACAAGAGGAAAUGAAACGGAGAUUUGCUGCUUUACAACCUUUGAGCAGUGAAAUUAUACGUGGUGAGGAAGAAAGUGGAAAGUGA